AUGACAGAUUCCUCAUCCUCCGUUGAAAGUUACAGUUCGAGUUCUGAGAGUUACGAAUCGAGCUCUGAAACCUCCUCUCUAAAGAGGCAACGUACUUCGACCUCGACGACGAUGAUAUCUUCCGGUGGUACUGAUGAGAAGAAGAAACUCACGGCGACGCUGAUUGAUCUCGAUGUUAUUGACUGCUCCGUUUGCUUCGAUACAUUGACCAUCCCUAUCUCUCAGUGUGUUAAUGGUCAUAUAGUAUGCUCUACUUGCUGCACAAAGUUGAAGAAGAAAUGUGCGACAUGUUCUUUACCGAUUCUUUCCCGCAACAGAGCAAUGGAACGGGUUCUUGAACUACUCAGAUUUCCAUGUUCAAAUGCGGAAUUUGGCUGUUCUGAGGAAGUCAUUUAUGAUGAAAGAUCAGCGCAUUUGGAGCGGUGCGCUUUCGCACCAUGUACCUGCCCUUUUACCAGCUGUAGCUUCACUGGCUCGUACAUGGAUCUAUACGAACACAGCGUCGAUAAACACCUUAAGUCCUUGUCCAUGUUUGAAUGUGGAAAUCAUGUGUACAUUCACCUCAAAGGUGGUGAGAAGGUAGUUCUCAAGGAAAAGACUACGGACGAAAGAAGCGGAGGAGGAGAGCUUGUAGUUGUGGAGUGUUUCGACACGCCAUAUGCUCGAAUAAUCUCAGUUAGCUCUAUUGCACCCAAUGUCCCAGGAAUUGGUUUGUUCAGUUACAACUUGAAGUUAGAUUCAUCUCACUGUGAUCGCUUGUGUUUUGGAUCAAAAGUCAAGAGAGUUUGUGAAGUGAGCGGUGAACUACCGAUUACACAUUUUACGUUGAUUCCUUUAUACGUCUGCCCUGAGUACAAGCUGAAGAUAAGCAUCACCCGUAGGGCUUAUUAG